CAUACCGUAUAAAGAAUGUUGCCUACGUUAUAGUAAGACUAACGUCAAAAACGUAUCAAUACGCCUGAUGUUACGUUUGAAUUUUGUACAGUUUUACGUCAUUUUAAAGGUCAAAUGACCGUUUAUAUCUACGAUGAAAAGUAAAAAAAUAAUUAUAAGCAAUGAAUUCAAUAUUUAUUAGUUUUAUACGAUAUAAAAUGGUUUGAAGCAGUUUACGCUUUUUUAUAAACCGGCCUCUUCAGUAGAUUUAAACUAAGUAAACAAGAACAUUAUGACAUCAAUCUCGUGACGUUAGGUAGGCAACGUUAUACAAAUAGUUGAAGUCCAGUGGACUUUAAUCAUUAAGGAUGAAUUUAAUUUCUACCUAUGUUAUACAAUAAGACAUAACUUGGGGCAGUUUACGCUUUAUAAACCGCGAAGCGGUUUAUAAAAAAGCGUAAACUGUUCCAAGUUAUGUUUUACUCGUACAACAUAGGUAGAAAUUAAAUUUAUUCCUUAUAAUUUAAUUUUCUACUAUUUGAAUUAGAUCAUAAGGCCCAUUAAUUAGUUAAAAUAUGUUAAUUUGUACAAAAUUUAAACGUAACGUCAAGCGGAUUAAUACGUUUUGCACGCGCGUCUUAUUGUGACGUACGCAAGUUAUGCUAUACGAUAUAUAUGAAUUUGUUUAGCCAAUCAAAUAAGGCGUUACAAUCAGAAUUAAAUUAUUUAUAAUUGUGUUGACUCUUUUUAUGCACUGUAUAAUGUUUUGACGUCACUAUGUUUUGACGUCACAAUCACGUCUUCAACAAGUUUGUAUAAGUUAAAGUUAUAUAAAUUUGAAAUAUAUAUAUAUAUUCCAAAAAGAGUGAAAGGUGAUAUCACACAGUAUAAAUAAUCAAAAAAAGAAAAAGAAAAUGAACAGUUCCAAAGUCUCUAUUCGCGUCAGCGGGUUAUGUAAAUUUUUCCUGCAAUGAUCGCUACCUUCAUAACCCGCAUGAAUCAUAAAAGAAAGCAUUUUAUUGUUUAUAUUUACAUCUUUCUUUAACUAACUGAUAAAUUGAUUAUGAAAAGUUAGUAAAAUUCACAAAAUUACUGUUAAUGUACACAAGUACGUUAGCUAAAAGAAACAGCAAAAUUGUCUCCUCUGAGACUUGAGUCUGGCAUCAUCAAGAUUAUUUCGUGCAGUCCGUGAUUUUACUUAGGUCGCUGUAGCUUCAGACCAAUCGAUAAACAGGGCGUUACAAUUUCUGUCCUGUCACUAUCAGCCGAUGUAGAUUUCGACCAAUUUUUUAAAUUUAGAAUCAGGAACAGUCAUGCAUCGGUAUAAUGAAAUUUUAAAGCUGCUUGGUCCGAUUUUAUAUAAAAUUUUACGCACGCUUUUAAACGAUGGCUAUGCUUAGUAUAUGUAUAAUAAUAGACAUUGCAGUAGUUUUACCCGUCCAAUACAUAUGGGAUAAAAGUGUGAAAAUACGUACAAAAUUUGCUAACAAAACAAACGACAUUAAAAGGUACCGCGUUAUUUCGCCUCAUGUUAAAUUUCACCCCUGACGACGAGACGGAUAUGGUUGUAUUACGACUUUGACAUCGCUUUAAAUAAAGGUCGAAAUGAUCAGACAAAUUACAAAUAAACAUGUGUACGUUUUGUUCGUUAAUAUUUCCAAAGUCUGCUAUCUUUACCAUCGAUGCAUAGCAUGCGGGUUGAAUAACCCCAAUCAUUCGGGGGACGAAACCAAGCGGUUUCCUUUUGUAAACAUUCCCGUGAUGCAUUUUGGUUUGUUUUUUCGUUUGCCCAAAGAGAAAUAAUUUUUAUUUACUUUGAAUAUUUCUAACUUUGAAAGGAGACUGAUUCUGCUGGUGUAAAUAGGAGAAAGCCCAUAACUUUCUAAGAUAAAUGAUUUGUAUGGAAAAAAUUUUGAUAAUGUAAUUACAAAAAAAUCGGACCAAGCAGCUUUAAUGUAUAGAAUGGAAUUGAAAAUGUGAAUUUUGUAUUCAACUCCUAGACUAUCGGGUAUGAGUGCAUGAUAAAUUCAAAAGGUGGCUUAAUAAUCAUUCAAAGCCUAUUAAGAUAUAUCUGGCUGUAAUUAUGUCUGGUCAUACCUAGUAGCUGGGAUUUUGAAUACAAAUGGGUAAGAUGCCUCUGACUGUUUUCUAUUGUAUUUCAGAGACUUCAAUGCGAGGAAACAAACCACUGAUUUGUAUAUAUCAUAAAUUUUUUUUUAAGAAUCCCAAGUCUUGUUUAAGGAUAUUUUUAAUAUUUAAUUUUAACGUAUUUCAAGCUAUUAUGUAAGACUACCCUUUAGAACAGAGGAUUAUUGUCAACGAUUAAUGAGGCGAUUCUCGUAGAUUUUCAUUCAAUCACAUAUGCAAAAUUUACCAAAAAAUCUAUUUUUUUCGGAGUUUUCUUUAAGACUGAGAACAAUAGUAUACAACAUACUAACAUACCAUCUAGAUUCAAUGAAUACAGUAAAACAUGUUUUUAUGAAUAAAUGGCCCUACCAAAAUAAAGAACUGAGUAUUUGGGUUUUGGGGGGACAUAAAUCUAAAUCUUUACAUGAAUAUAGAUUAUAUGACAAUUCAAGGAACCUGACACUCUCAAUGACGAUAUAUAUUCUAUGAUGUCUGUCAUGUGAUCAAUAAAAGUCACAUGACCACGCCCUGUCUACCCUUAAUAAAAAGAAGAUUUUUUUAAAACAUGAAAUCAUUAAUAACAAUCAGCUAUGGAAGAAAUUAUAUUUAAAAAAACAGGUACUGGAAUCAAACACAAGGUACUGACUAUAUGAUUUAUGGAUUUGAGUAUUACUUUCAAACUGAAUGAAAUAUAAAUUACACAUCUUAUAUUUGUAUGUUAAAUCACUUCUUCAAUUCUUUAGGAUGGACAUAAAGGUGGUUCUUUAUUGGGGAGGAAAGUUCCAAGCUUCACACAUAGUCAGAUUUACUUUGACUUUGUGCCACCGGCUCUGAACUAUUUCGAGUAUACAAUGAAAGAACUCGCAAGCAUUGAACAGUCCCUUAACCGUAUUGGUGGAAAACAAUAUUCGGAACUCCCUGUAUCUGAUUAUUUGUCCUUUAAAUUUGUUUAUCCAGAUUAUAUGGACAUAACAAAUGCAUCACUGGCCCUGUUUGAUGCGGAACCAGAAGAACAAGAUGAUGAAGACAAUAAAAGUAGAAUAGUUGUUGUUUAUUUGGAUAAAGAAAUGACAUUUGAAAUGCUGAAGGAGAUAACGAGUACUACAACAUUGCCAGUGACACUCGGAGAAGACGUGUAUCUUUGUGUCGCUGUCCAUUCAGAUCACUUUCUGCAAGACUGUAACACGCUUGAAAGUAUAAUGGCGACAUUUCUUGGAAGGAGACCCAUAGUUUUAGAUGCAGAUACUGAAAUGAAACAACUUUACGCUAGAUUUAAGAGAUUAUCAAGACAGGUUCUUAACAAAAUAGAGAAUCUGUAUCAAAAUGUAGUAAUGGAGUACGGUGAAGAGAAAACAAAUGUGCAGGUCGUAGCAAAACGACUUUCUAAACUGCGGCAAUUGAACAACCCCAAAAAGAUCAAAGGAAUUAAGGAUGCAUCUUUUGAAACAAAAGAUGAGUUAUCAAGUUUAAGAGAGAAAGGGCUAAUAGGAUAUACUAUGGAGAAUGAGACUCUUGUUUUAUGCUUUAACAUAAGGCCGUUUAACCAAAUUUCCGAAGAUAGCAUGAUUCUAAACAACAUCAAACGGGAAUUUCCUAAGACAAAAGUUAUUUACGUACGCAAAUUGUAUUCUCUCCACAACGGAAUUACGUCUGGUGAAAAGUUGCAUCCGCUUAGAAAUAAACCAGACCGUUAUGGAACUGUGGGAAUGAUAGGUUCUUUUCGCCCCAAAACUGGUGAAAAAUCAACAAUGUGUUGUAUUUCAAGUCCACAUGUCAUCUCUGCUGACGAGACAGCUUUUUUCAAAGAUGCAGAAGUACUACUUGGAACUUGUAUUUGGCCUCAAGCUGUUCCAAACCACGAAGUAAAUGUGCAAGAUAUUUCUGUCAUUUCUUUAGAAAAACGUAUUCAUAUUUGUAGAAGACAAUCGGGAGAAGUUAAACUAUUUAAAGAUUCGGACCGUCAUCGAUUAGAUAAAAGAAAAGUGUUCAAAUUCGGAGCCACCACGGAUGAAACGAUGGGAUUUGUAUGCAAAACAGAUUUUGUUUUAGAGUUAGGUGAAACACCAAUCAAUGUGUUUUUAAUAGAACCAUAUGAAAAAAGCAACGAAGAAUCAACAUUUUCUAAACCCGGUGACAGUGGUGCCGUUGUCCUGACAAAAUUUGGUCAACGUGUUGAAGCUUUUUCCAUGAUCUUUGCUGGCGAUGUUAACAUCCCAGAGGUUGCUAAAAAUAACACCAUUGCUAUAGAGUUGAAGCACGCCGUAGACAAAUUCGAACACUCUCAUGGUACAAUUCUUAAACUGAAUACUCUGUAAGCAUCAAAAGCAAUGUUAUUGUAUAGACCAGGGUUGAAUCUCAAGACUGAAGCACUUUUGAUUCUUUUCGUGAGAGCAGAAAUUAGAGUUAAUGUAACCACCAGUAAUUAGACUAAAUAAUGUUAAUAGUGAACUAUUUUUGAUACAUACACGUCAAAUAAUGUAUAUUUUAAUUGAAGCAACAAAUAUAUUUUAUAUUUUCAACAUUUUUACAUUGUGAUAGUGAACUAUUGUCGAUACAUGCACGUAUAUUUAAUGUGAAUUUAGAAUAAUCUGUACACAGUAUUAAUAAAUUGAACUUUGCUGUG